CCGUCUAUACUCAAGAUAUCGGGAGUCUCGUCUAGCACUUCCCCUCGUCAAGACUUCUGCUCCUCGAUAUGACCAAACGCACACGCAAAGUUGGUGUUACCGGAAAAUAUGGCACUCGUUAUGGGGCUUCCCUGCGUAAGCAGGUGAAAAAGAUGGAAAUCACUCAACACGCUCGGUACACCUGCACCUUCUGCGGCAAGGACUCCGUAAAGCGUACUGCUGUUGGUAUCUGGCAUUGCAACUCUUGCAAAAAGACGAUCGCUGGCGGUGCAUGGACAGUAUCGACAACUGCAGCUGCUACCGUACGGAGCACCGUCCGUCGUCUACGGGAGUUGACGGAGGCAUAGAUAAAAUCUCAUGGAUUCUUUUGCCAUGCUUUUCUCGCUUUGUUACAUAUUUCUCGAUCCAAUGACUAUAAGCCUCAUGAUGCACAUUUUAUCACCCUCAAACAUGGAUGAGAGCUUUGCCUCAAAUCAUUUCUGAGGAUUGUUGAAUACCGUGGACUAAUCAAUCUUGUAAACGGAGUUCAAUUGGGGAGUUGUUAUUGAAGCUUGAAG